CCCCUGAGAUAUUUGCGUUGCCAGCGUGAUUAUACCUGGGGCGGCCCCACAUCUUCAUUUCGAUGAGGAGGAAAGCUUAAGGUAUAAUCACGAAUCGAAGCCUCCCAGGACGACGCGCUUCGCCAUCACCGUCUCCAUUCCCCCGAUCCCUCCCUCCCUCGGUAGCGAGAGGCGCAGGGAGAUGGAGAGGGCGGCCCCGGUGAGGAGCUCCCACACCUCGACGGCCGGCCUGCUCGCCUGGCCUCACCCCGAUGGCGCCGGGCCGCUGCCGGCACGCCGCCCUAACCAGCCGACGGAGGAGUUCAGGAAGGUGGUGUUCGGGGGCCAGGGCGCCGAGGCGGCCGACGGCGUGAACAAGAUGAGCACGGGCUCCGCGCCCAAGUUGAAGGAGAUGACGGGGAGCGGCAUCUUCAAGGCCGGGAGCGCCGCCGCCGCCCCAGCCGCAUCCCGCGAUCGCCAGGCAAGCCAGAUCACUUUUGCUCAGGAUAGGAGCAUUGUUCCCAGGAAGCCAAAAUCAGUAGCUGAGGUGGCGAGGCAUCAUGAGCUUAGCCACACCAUCGAGAGCGAGGGAGACGUUAAGACGAAGAGGCAGGUCUCCAGUGCAAAAUCCAAGGAGCUCAGCGGCCACGACAUCUUCGCCGAUCGUGAGGACCACAAGCCCAACAGGUCAAGGAGAUCGGACUACACCAGCCCCGCCUCGCUGUCGCAGGUGAGCACCUUCUCGUUCGGAGAGGCCGAUGCCGACAUCGCAGCGAGGACGGCGAAGAAGAAAGGAGCCAGCAGCAAGCCCACUGAUGUGAACGGCAAGGCCAUGCUCGAGAAGGAUUCGGUUCCCGCGGCGAAGCAGCCUCCGAACCGCGCGAGGCUGGAAGGAGCGGCUGGUAGCAGCAGCGCUUCUGCGGACGGGAAGGCCCCAGCGACCGGAGAGCACGCUGGCCGCCGGACCCGGCAGCCUCCCGGCGGCGACAGCAGCAUCUCGUUGGCCUAGCUGCCCGUCUUGCAACGGGUCAUGCUCUCGGCGGCCGCACGGGUGGGGUGGCAGUUUGCGGCCUUGUGUUCGGUGAUCGGGAGAUGAGUCCUCCUCCGGUCCUUACGACGAUCUGGUUUUACGUUUGGUUUGUAGGCGUGGCUUGGCUUGUCCCAAAUGUUCUGCUUUGGUUGGUAGUGCGUUGUGACAUACCCAUAGUCAUAAGUUCUUGAGUCGACCGGGUCGAGGAACGGGGUCGAGGGUCGUCACUUUAUAAAAUUGUGGUACGAAAGGGGUAUACCUCUAUAGAACGAUAAAUUAUUACGUGGAAUGCGACUCUGAUUCA